AUCGAUAUCCACCAGUCUCGGAUCCCUUCUUUCUACUUACCCGCAGUCAUACUAUCCGACCCCGAAAUCAUAAAUGACAAUUUAAAGCCGAUGAUCCCACCAUACGCAGAGCUAGAAGCAACUGAUCCUAUUCUGUCCUUCAUUCAAUUUUGGAUCACACUCAAUGACUUUCGAUAGUACUUGCAUAUUGUGCUUGACCUCCAACCGGUAGCUAAGCAGGCUCACGCUUUUAGUUUGCUUGCCUCCCCUGCUACUCAGCACUUCUUCAUGAUGAUUAGCCUGACCUACUUUUUGAAGCUCACUGCCUUUGUUGCUGCUACUGCUUUUGUUGUCGAGGGGCAGUCGGAGACCCAUACUGUUACCUUUCAGAAUUUGUGCAGUACGGGUGUACCUACACUGAAGACAUACAACGGAGAAAUAUUGUCGACUGGACCAGCCUACACCUCCAACGGUUCUCUGAUAGCUGCCAUUGCCUAUCUUGAUGUCGGUUGUGGUGCCAAAGGGGAAGGGUGCACACUGAUCGAGACAACUCUUGUCAACCCCGCUUCACCCGGAACCGGCUCAAGUACUGAUAUCAAUUUGAUUCCUCCCCACUCCUUCUCAGUCCCUAGUGGAUUUUGGUAUUACAAUGGCUGUGAUGGACAUGGAGCAAAUUGCACCGAUGCUGACUGUCCUUCUGCUUUUCAUUCAAGUACUGAGGGUGGAGUUGGAAUAGUCUGCCUAGCUGAGAAUGUCAACCUUGCCAUUACAUUCUGCAAUUAAGCACCCUACAGAAAAUGAUAAUCUAUAGAACCAUACAUUGUCUCUAGAGAUCCAAUGACAUUGAUUGAUUCCAUGAACCUACA